GGCGUGGCUUUGUUUUUUCUCUCUUUUAAAAAUGUCCUCGUGGUUCAGUGGAAGUAGUUUCACAUCAUUGACGGACCAGAUAACCUCAUUCACCAAAGAUGUACUGAACGAGACCACCCAAGAGAUAGAGGACCCUGUCACUGAACUACAGGUAGCACAAAGACAGAUAGAACAAUUAAAGGAAGAAGCCAGUCAAUACACAACUGAAUUGGUGAGGUUGAGGAAGAGCAAUGAGGAGUAUAGAGAAAGAGCGGAAGCUGCUGAGUAUCAGGUUGUAUCAAACAAAGAGCAAUAUCUCAAAUUGCUACAAGAACAAGAGGUAUUUAAUUCAUU